GCUAAUUGAAAUGUCUUCCAAGAUAUCACUCAGUGUGGUUGGAUUUUUUUUGAUUAUUCAAUUAAUAAAUUAUCAAGCAUUAGGACCAUGCAGUGCGCAAAUUCAAAACAAACGAUUGUAUGAACAAAAGUGCCAUGAAUAUCAAAAUUAUGUUUAUGAAAAAAACCCUUCGAUAUCAUUGAUAGGUGGGGGCGGUCAAAGUCAUGAAGAUAAAAUUGAAAGAUGUGGUUUAAGAUCAAUUGAAUUAGUUUUGGGUGGUAAAGAUGCCAAUCCGUUAGAAUUUCCCCACAUGGCUUUAAUUGGAUACAAACCAUUAGAUGACGUAUCAUGGAAUUGUGGUGGAUCAUUGAUAAGCGAAAAUUUUGUUUUAACAGCAGCUCAUUGUUAUAAAACAGAAUACGGCUCACCGAGGUUAGUUAGACUUGGCGAAUUAAAUAUUAAAUCAGAAACUGAAAAUGCCAACCCACAAGAUUUUAAUAUUCAAAAAAUUUUAGUUCACCCAAAUUAUGACAAUAAAAAUGGAAUGCAUGAUAUUGCUCUCAUUCAAUUGGCAAAAAAUGUUGAAUUUGAUAGAUAUAUAAGACCAGCUUGUUUAGCAACAUCUUCUGACUGGACAAAAUCAUAUGUUUGGGCAACAGGAUGGGGUCUUAAUAACACAUAUGAUUCAAUUGGAACUGAUCAUUUACAAAAAGUAAAACUUGAUAAGUUUACAGAGGAUGUAUGUCAAAGUAAAUAUCCUAAACAUUCAAUCACAUAUACAAGACAAAUAUGUGUAGGUUCGAACACCGAAGAAAAAGACACAUGUCAAGGAGAUUCAGGUGGUCCAUUACAAGUUCUACAUGAAAAGGAAGACUGUAUGUGGGAAAUUGUCGGUAUAACAUCAUUUGGCCAUGUUUGUGGUUCAAUUGGAGUUCCUGGAGUUUACACAAGGGUAUAUCAUUAUGUUGAUUGGAUUGAAGAGAUCGUUUGGAGAUAAAUUAAAAGCAAGAAAAAUAAUUAGCUAAGCAAAUGACAAUUAAAAUGAUAUAAUAAAAUUUUGAUUUCUUUAUAUA